ACGUAGGUCCAAAAUCAAAACAAGUUUCCAUUAUUCCAAGUCCAACCAUUUUACAACCAUCUUCAGGGAGUCCCAGGCAAGUCAUCGCCUGAAUCAGAAUGCAUACCAGUUGGCGGGUGCUCUCACCCCAACGAUCCCGCUCCUGUGGGGCCCGGUGGGCGGGUCGAUGGCUGAGCACAGCCGCUCCUGCCGAUUCGGACCCAGGUUCCACCCCCAAGAAUAGUGCUGCCUCUCCCUCCCGUUGGGCGGAGGGACCGGAUUUGGGCGAUUUCAUCGCGGGUGUGGUCCCGCGAGACCAGACCUGGCGCGAGUACCAAGCGCCCUUAAAGUUGUCCGAGGUGGCGCCCCACCCCACGGGCGGGACUCAACGGCUCCGCCUCCCGCCGUGGCUCAAGACCAAGAUUCCUGUGGGCGCCAACUUUGCCAAGCUGAAAUCCGAUCUGAGGGGCCUCAAAUUGGCCACCGUGUGUGAAGAGGCCCGAUGUCCGAAUAUUGGCGAAUGUUGGGGCGGCGAGAGUGGCACGGCGACGGCCACCAUCAUGCUCAUGGGUGACACUUGUACUCGGGGCUGUCGAUUCUGCUCCGUGAAAACGGCCAGGGCUCCCCCACCCUUGGACCCGGCUGAGCCCGAAAAUACGGCUCAAGCCGUGGCGGCUUGGGGUUUGGACUACGUGGUCCUCACCUCCGUGGAUCGCGAUGAUUUGCCCGAUGCCGGUGCCAAUCACAUUGCCGCCACGAUUCGGGCCCUGAAAGUGCACAAGCCCACCUUGAUGGUCGAGUGUCUGUCGCCGGAUUUUGGCGGAUCCGUCGAAGGCGUGGAUGUGGUGGCUCACUCGGGCUUGGACGUGUUUGCCCAUAAUAUCGAGACCGUAGAGCGGCUCACACCGUUCGUGCGCGAUCGAAGGGCCAAGUAUCGGCAAACCCUUGAGGUCCUGAAGCGAGCCAAAAUGGCCAACCACGGCAAUAUGGUUACCAAGACCAGCAUCAUGUUGGGUCUAGGUGAGACGGAUGAAGAGGUGGAACAAACCAUGAAGGACCUCCGGGAAGUGGGCGUGGAAUGCCUUACUCUUGGUCAAUAUAUGCAACCCACCAAGCGGCAUCUGAAAGUCAAGGAAUAUGUCACGCCCGAGAAAUUCGCUCAUUGGGAGAAAGUGGGCAAUGCCAUGGGAUUCUUGUACACGGCCUCUGGUCCGCUCGUUCGAAGCUCCUACAAGGCCGGUGAAUUCUUCCUCAAGAACAUUGUAGAGAAACGAAGAAGUGGUCAAUCGAAGUGAAAGUCCAAGUGUUUUUCUUGUUGCAUUCAUACAUUCAUUCUUUCAGUUGUAGUUGUACAUUUAGAGGCAUCAAAGAGAAUAUAUAUCUUUACCGAUCGAG